AUGUACGUGACUCUAAUUAUCUAUUAUCAUAAAGCAGAUCAUUUUAUUUUCGUUAUAGCAUUAUGGGGUGAGGAUUACCGUGUCGAAGCCUUUUUGUGCGGUAGGAAAUUAUUGACAUUGCCAGUCCAACUGGAAGGUCGCUUAGUUUUGGUACAAAUACAGUUAUCUUCCAUCCCACGCGUUUGUUCGAGGCAUAUGACAGCAGAAUGCAAUGAGAAAAUAGUUCAUGAGCUUAGCAAAGUUAAGGAUGAUGUGAUGCCCUCAUCCAGUAAUACGAACAUAUAUAUCAAAAAGAAAGAUAAUGGAAUUUAUGCUGGUAAAUUUUCCGGUAGAUUUAAAUCGUGCUGUUUUGAUAACAGAGGAUGCCUGAGGCGUGAUGCUACAACCGUUCGCCAUAUUCUCAACGAUUUGAUUGCAGCAACAAUGAAACAGCAAGGUCAUACGUUGUUCGAUAAGAACAAUUCUUGCAAUUCUACAGCUAAUGAGACAGUUAACAAUCAUGGAAUACCAAUAUGCAAUAACAAUAUCGACAAAUCGAAACAUCAAAACGAAAUAACUCGAACAAAAAUGACAGAAUUAAGAAAGAUACUAAAAGAACGAGAUCAACGCCGUCGUCGCUUUAACAAGUAUAAAAAUCCUUUGGCUAAAAGAUGCUGCUAA